UCCUAAACCCCACGUUUCGUGAUUGCAGAGCGUCAGUCACUGAGACAGUCUACGCGGACACUAUUCCUCUCUACUUAUCUCUCAGAAAUAUCUGCAUCUGUAUAACCUUCUUCUUCUUCUUCAUCUUCUUCUUCUGCAUAAAGGCUGUUUGGAACUAACAGUCAGAGCCAGGUCUGCAUGCGAGACGUUUGACCGUUACUUGAAAGAGACUUAUCAAGCUAGGCCUUCUUCUUUUUCCUUUUUAGGUGUGUCGAUGGCUGGCGUAGAACCUGCGAGUGUUGAGGCUGUUGCCAUGUUGCAUGGAGCCACAAACGCUGAAAAUGUUCGGCUGGUUCCGAACCAUCCAGGUCCCUAUCAUCAUCUCGGCUGCAAUUCAAGCUCCGCUGAAGCUAGGAGGAGGCAGUACCUUAAGCGAUACCUGAGGCAUUCCAUGCUCAGAGAGCGCCUUCCGCAGCCUGGCCGUGAGCAGCGUACGUCGAUCCGGCCUUCUCCUGCGCCAGAGCCUCGUCAUAUAGAUCAAUCAAAGCUGAGGCUUCUCUUUGAAAAGCAAUUACGGAAAAGUGAUGUGAGUUCAGCUGGACGCAUUGUGAUUCCCAAGCUUGAAGCUGAAAUGUAUCUUCCCUACCUGGAUAAAAGAGAGAUCAUUUCGAUAAACCUGAGCGAUAUGGACUAUGAGCUAGUUUGGAAAUUCAAUUUCAGGGCAUGGGCCAAUAAUAGCAGUCGCAUGUAUGUAUUAGACAACACAAAGAAUUUCAUCAGGGAGCAUGAUUUAGUUGUUGGAGACUCCAUUAUGGUGUUCAAAGAUUGUCAGACAGGAAAAUAUCUCAUCCGCGCUAUUAAGAAAAUUAGCAAUAUCCCAAAAGUUGUGCAUCCAUAUCCAACAUCUCAUAACUAUGGGUAUGCAAACUUGCGCCCCACCGUCGGUCAAUAUGGUUUCCGGCCUCUUCAUUAUGGAACCUGCAUGCACAGCAACAUGAAUGGCUACUCCGUGAACUACUACAGUGGAGUGCAGCCACACAAUAUUCCGCAGACUCAACCACCGGCUUUGCUAUGGAACCAUCAACCAUUUAACGUUACGGGUGGCACCCAAUUACAAGUUCAUGAUAUAUAUCUGCAUACAACAGAUGACAUCGUGAUCAACGCAAACUUACCCGUUAUGAAUGAUCAGAAUGGUUCGCCCCUUGUCUCCGGAUCCAGCAGUACCAACAAUAUGAAUGAAAACUCCGAGACCUGCAACAGUACCGAUCAAAUCAUGAAUCCAGACAACUCACAGUCGCCAGACCCAUUCGACAACAUCGACUGGGAGGAUUUAGCUGAGUUCUUAGCAUCAUGACAUUAAUUAAUGUAAUGGUCA